AUGCCCUCGUUACCGCCAGGAUACUCUAUUAGAAGAACUCAGCCACGCGACUUCGAAAAUGUGGUCGACACUUUGAGGAUUCUUACAACAGUUGGGGAUAUCUCGAGAGAGCAAUUCGAAGAUAUUGUGACCUACUGGAAUAGCACGACAAUUAACUUUCACGGUAAGCAAAUACAUGCAUAUCACCCUCGUGUCAUCUUAGAUGGAUCUGGACGUGUCAUUGCAACAGGAACUGUCUUCCUGGAGAGAAAAAUCAUCCAUGAAGGAGGUCUGGUUGGCCACGUGGAAGACAUCGCUGUUGCCAAAGACCAGCAAGGCAAGCAACUUGGACUGAUAUUGAUCCAGCACCUCACUGCGCUCGCACAUGAGCAUGGAUGUUACAAAGUUAUCCUAGAUUGUGACGAGAAAAAUGUCGGGUUUUAUGAAAAGUGCGGUUACCGCAGAGCUGGGGUCGAGAUGGACCACCGUCUAUAA